AUGUCAGAAACACAAAAUCAAGAGGAGAAUAAACCAGGAGAGCAAAAGUAAGAAAACCCAUAACAAAAUUAAAAUGGGGAAUAAGGUCAAUAAAAUCAACAAAGUUAAGAGAAAGAAAAUGAAAAAAAAGAGGAAUAAAAGGAAUAAUAGCCAGUAGAGCAACCAUAAUAAAAUGAAUCAGGGAUGGCAGAGCAGAAAAAAGAGAAAGGUCCUUAUGACAUCGAUGAAGCCGAUCUAACCCCAAGAUUUGUGAGAGCUAUGCAAGUGCUCGGGUACACAUAUUAAGAUUUGCAGAUUAAACACAGAAAAGAUGUCAUAUAAAUCAUAAAAACGAAAGAUCCUCUGGGAAAUAAAAUAAAUUAGGAAUUGAUCGAUGCCUUAUCAAACCACUUGGAACAUUCAAGAAAAUAAAAAAUAAAUGAAAUCAGAAAAGAGAUCUAAUACAUUCCAAUUCCAGAAUAAAAAUAAUAGUAGUCAGUAGCUGACUAAUCUAUUAUGCAGUCUUCUAUAGCAGAGAAGUCCAUAAUAUUAGACAGAUCGAUUGUCUCAAUGAGUAAAUCAAUACUGACCAAGUCAUUGUCACCUUUAGAACUGGAAUUCAAGUUGUAUGACAAAAUCAAGAAGAAGGAGAGAGCAGAACUCCACAAGGCAAAGAAGGAGGAGGAUAUAUUAUCAAAAUAAAUUGAAUAUCAACACAAACAGCAUGAGCUUGAGGAAAGAUUAGAGAAACAUAGACAAUAAAAGAUAAAAUAGAAACACAUGUAAACAGUGCAACAGCAGGAGAUCUAGAAAUGGUUACACAAUAGAUCAGAUGCUGAAUCCUCCAAUUUCAAUUAAGCUAAGUAGAUAGUCGAAAAUUUGAAGGUCGAAUUGAAAGAUACUCAACAAUAAAGGAUGUAUUUGAAUCCCAGGGAGAAGAUAGAGAAAGUCAAAAGCAUGAAUGAUUUGAGAAUCAAAGAAUUAGAAGAUUUGUAGGCCAAGAGGGAACUGAACAUGAUGGAGAGACUUGAAAAAUUAUAAGAGUUAUCUCAAAAAGUAGAUAAUGAAAAGAACAUGAAGACAUUUUAAGAAUUACAGAGAGAACUCAAAGGAUUAUUGAAAUAAGAGAAAGUCCAGAUUAGACAAGAGAUGUUGGAUGAGUAUCACAAUUAUAUGAAACAAUAAAAUUAAACAGAAGAUCACAAGAGAAUAAUAUAGGUCAUCAAGAACAAAACUCGUAAAGAGGUUUAAUCAGAAAUGUACAAAUAAUCCUUAGAAAUCAAGUCAUAAUAGUUGGAUAAAAAACUGGAAAAAUUCAAGUAAUUGCAAACAGAAAGUUUGAAAAUCAAAUCAUCUUCAGCAGUUUCAUUUCCUAAACAUGUGUCAUCCAACAACUUUGGACAAAUGAAGGUGGAAUAUGAGAGGAGAAUAGGAUUCCAAGAGGAUAUGAUCAGAGAAAUCGAGAGAACUGAGAAUAUCUAAAAAAGACAACGAAAGGAGGAAUAAAUGAAAUAGGAUAUCAAAAUGAUGAAGGAGGCUCGAAAGGCUGAAAGCAAAGAGUUAGAAAUAUCUAAAAUAUCUACUAUCGUCAAAGAUAUGAAAUAAUUUGAAAAUAACAACAUGGCUAGCACCAAAAGAUAGUUGGCCCAAAUCAAGAAUCAGCAUAACGAACGUGAAUAAUAAAUUAAAAAGGAGAUCGAGGAAAGAAAGAAGAAGGAAGAGGAGGAGAGGCAGAAGCAGGAAAAAUUAGACUUUGAGAAAAAGAAGGAGAGACUAAGGAAGAACAUUGAUCAAUACAAGGAGCAAAUCUAAAGUGAAGAAAAGAAGAAAUAGUAAGAAUAAUAAUAGGAAUCAUCAUGAAAUGUUAUAAUUAUAGAGAAUUUAAAUAAGUAAAGCACUAA